GUGACCUCGCGCCCCGUGCCAUGGGGGCUUCAGACCCGGAAGUGGCGCCCUGGGCUCGCGGCGGUGCCGCGGGGAUGGCGGGAGCCGGAGCAGGAGCGGGAGCUCGCGGCGGAGCGGCGGCGGGGGGCGAGGCCCGGGCUCGCGAUCCGCCGCCCGCGCACCGUGCACACCCACGCCACCCCCGGCCUGCGGCGCAGCCCUCGGCCCGCAGGAUGGACGGCGCGCCCGGGGGCCUGGGCUCGGGGGACAGCGCCCCGACCACCGAGGCCUUGUUCGUGGCGCUGGGCGCGGGCGUGACAGCGCUCAGCCACCCGCUGCUCUACGUGAAGCUGCUCAUCCAGGUGGGUCAUGAGCCGAUGCCCCCCACCCUGGGCACCAACGUGCUGGGGCGCAAGGUCCUCUACCUGCCGAGCUUCUUCACCUACGCCAAGUACAUCGUGCAGGUGGACGGGAAGAUCGGGCUGUUCCGGGGCCUGAGCCCCCGCCUCAUGUCCAACGCCCUCUCGACCGUGACCCGCGGCAGCAUGAAGAAGGUUUUCCCCCCGGAUGAGAUGGAGCAGGUUUCCAACAAGGACGACAUGAAGACUUCGCUGAGGAAAGUCGUGAAGGAGACGUCCUACGAGAUGAUGAUGCAGUGUGUGUCGCGCAUGCUGGCCCACCCGCUGCACGUCAUCUCAAUGCGCUGCAUGGUCCAGUUUGUGGGACGGGAGGCCAAGUACAGCGGUGUGCUGAGCUCCAUUGGGAAGAUUUUCAAGGAGGAGGGGCUGCUGGGAUUCUUCGUUGGCUUAAUCCCCCACCUCCUGGGCGACGUGGUUUUCUUGUGGGGCUGUAACCUGCUGGCCCACUUCAUCAAUGCCUACCUGGUGGAUGACAGCGUGAGUGACUCCCCCGGGGGGCUGGGAAACGACCAGAAUCCAGGUUCCCAGUUCAGCCAGGCCCUGGCCAUCCGGAGCUACACCAAGUUUGUGAUGGGGAUUGCAGUGAGCAUGCUGACCUACCCCUUCCUGCUGGUGGGCGACCUCAUGGCGGUGAACAACUGUGGGCUGCAGGCUGGGCUCCCCCCAUACUCCCCAGUGUUCAAGUCUUGGAUUCACUGCUGGAAGUACCUGAGUGUGCAGGGCCAGCUCUUCCGGGGCUCCAGCCUGCUUUUCCGCCGCGUGUCCUCAGGGUCGUGCUUUGCCCUGGAGUGACCCGAAUCACCUGACCACACAGCUGGCCUGGCCCGCUCGGCCUGACCCCCAGCAACACCUCCACACGCUCUGCCCACGGCCGCUCCAUCGCCCCCAGGGUCUGUCCAGGCACAGGGCCAGACGGGGGCGCCUGUUAGCCCUGCAGAAGGUGGGGCGGGUGGGGAGUCGGCACAGGACCCCCUUCCUUCCCACGCCUGCCGAGUCCCCCCGGUGCAGGGGCCCGAGAGAGGCUGUGGGGGCCGGCCCGCUGCAGCCGGGUGGGAGCGGCAUGUGCUUUGUAAGCCGGGUCACCCUUCACGAGGCUGCUGGCCCGGCCGGCCCCUGCUGAAGGCUGACGCCGGGUCCUCGCCCGUUCUUCUCAACACUACUUUCCGAUGGGAGGGCAGCGCUUCCGAGUGGGAAGUCGUGUGACCCCUCAGGAUGUGUCCCCUUCUCGCACUCGUGCGUUUCACGGUGACGCCGCUCGUGUGGGGCCGGUCGCCUGUGCAUCUGUGUGAGUCCACGGGAAUUAGGCAGAUCAGUGUCUCAUCCUCCCUAGUUCCUGGUAAGAUUGUACUCAUUUCCCUCAAAUAAAUGUGUCAGUGGUGAUUUGGAA